UGGUUUAUUAUGAUUUAAUAUUUAUGGUGUUCGUGACUACAAGAAAGUACACCACUAUUCCAGUUGUUUAUUAACUUUCGUGCCGACCUGUACUGAAUAUACACAUCCGCGAUGAAUAUUAUUCCAAGGUUUGGAAAAAAUUUUAAAAAUGGAUUGUUCAACAUGAAUAAAAAGUAUACUACCCCAAGUGCCACUCCACCGAACCCCCCGGCUACAAAUCCAAGUGUAACGUCUUCAUUCAAUUCAAAUAUUAAAUUACCACUCACAAAUACAAGAAAAAUCAUGUGCGUCUGGGCUAAACGAUAUCCGUCACUGAAAGAUGUUCCAGAUCAUGUCACACCUGAAGUAUGGAACAAAGUUCGUUCUGUUGUACGAAUCAAAGUGGCCAACUAUACAAUGUUCUUUAUAAUCUUGGGGUGUAUUGCAAUGGUUGUUACAGGCAAGAGGGCCCGUGACCGCGGUGAGACAAUAAUGCAAAGAAACUUGGAUUGGCAUCAAAAGUACUCAGAAGGAAAAGAAGACACAAAGAAUAUUGGUGUGUUUGGAAAAUAAGUAGUUAUAGAAAAAUUAAUUUUAUGUAUCCAUAUUAUUUGAUUGUUAAACAAUGUUUUAUUUCUAUUAAUAGAUAUUAGCCUAUUAUAUAUGUCCAUUAACAAAAAAAAUGUAUAGUUAUUAGUUUGUGCUUUUUUAUGUGUUCACCAAGUUAAUAAAAUCAUAAAUAUAUUUUUUGAUUAAAAAUAUA